AUGUUACGGGCCGAUUGCUACGGUGGCCCCCACAACAUCUUCGAAAGGGAGAUCCUCUCGAGAAUCUCAGAGGUUUCUACACACAGUUCCCACCAAGGCCAGAAUCACGUACUGCACCUUCUCGAUCAAUUCAAACACACGGGCCCCAAUGGAGAUCAUGUCUGUUUUGUCUUUGACGUACUAGGACAGCAUAUGGAUUUCCAAGCCGCCAAGUAUGAAGACGGAAAGCUGCCCAUAAAAGCUGUCAAACGCAUCACCCGACAGCUUCUUCUGGGACUUGACUUUCUCCACCGGGAAUGCGGUAUCAUUCACACAGACCUGAAGCCAACGAAUAUACUUCUACAGCUGGAAAAUCCGGACGGUGCUGUCUCCCAGUACCUUUCAGAAGUUCCUGCGCGGACUCUGUCUCAAAAAGGCGCUAUAACACCGCUCCGAGAGGUGAUCACAACGCCCCACGUGUCAGAAACCAAAACUCCUCACAUCCGGAUUAUCGAUUUCGGUGUUGCGUCUUGGAGAGACAAUCAUCUGUCCGAUCUAAUUCAGUCCCCAGCUCUGAGAGCACCAGAAGUGACCAUCGGCGCGCCCUGGGAUGUUGGUGUUGAUAUAUGGAGUCUUGGGUGUCUGGUGGUUGAGUUCGUCCAGGGAAUUGUUAUAUUCGCCGGUGAAGCAUCAGGAAAAGGGACUUGGACCGCUGACGACGAUCGUCUAGCAAGGAUGAUUGAAAUACUAGGCCCAUUUCCGCAGCAUUUCCUACAACAAGGCGGCCGCACGGGACAGUUCUUCGACAAGCAAGGGAGUCUUCUUCGAAUUCCCAACUUGAAGCCCACAAGCCUUGAACGCCUACUUAACGGCACGUCCAAGCCUUUCUUGAAACCGAGGGAUAUGCCCGACGCCGAAGUCCCUAUUUUCAUCGAUUUCAUCAAAGGAAUGCUGACAAUAGACCCGGCGUCUCGACAGUCAGCAGCAGACUUGCUACGGCACGAGUGGAUAUGUGCAGAUACCCCUCGAAGUAGAGUAAUCUAG